GCCCUGGGUAACUAUCUCUCUUUUUAUCCACUCUCUCUUGGUAAUGUGAUAUCCUGACGAAUUGGCUUACCAGAAAAGAUGGGUAGAGAUAAAGAAAUCUGGAGGAUGAACUCAAAAGCUUGUAGGAAAUAUAUGAACUGCCUUUCCUACUCCAUAUUACCGGUAACUGGUGCAAUUAGUCACACGGCGUUUGCGGUACAUAUUUUGGAUCGCUCACUUUUGGAAGGGUGUUUUCCGAAAUGGCAUCUAGGUGUUGCAAAUGGUCUGUUAUUCAAUGCUCACUUGGGUGUAGGACUCUACAUCUACAGCAGACCUUGCCUAAGGACAGCUAGCGUCUCCCACCGAGUACUCUUUGGUCUCUACGGCAGUGCCAUGUUUAAUUUCGGAUCUGUGCUUCUAUUUGGAACUGGCAAACAAGUUCUUGUCGAAGACCGUUUGAUAGGAAGCGUCUAUGCCAUAUUCGCCAGUCUCUGUUUCCUCUGCGUGGGGAAAUACUUCUUUGAUUUCAUGGACAGGCAAGUCGACAUUACUGAUGAUGCUGACAACAUUGACAAUAUCACUGAAACUGUUGUAGAAGAACUAAGUAGUGCAUGACAUUUGGUUUUCAUUGAUUUUACUAGAAGCAGUACAUUUACCUCUUCAUUGGACUUCUAUUCCAAAAUGUAUUCAGGAUGAUAUUACUUAUUUCAGAUAAAAUGGUGCUGGUUUGAAAAAAAAUAUUAUCAAAGGUUCAUUAGCUUCACCCCCAUUGAAAUCGAAUGCUUCAGACACUUUCAAGAUAUGUCUUAAAUCAGAUUUUGGAGUUAAUAUUUUCUUAUGGUUAGCUGAAACUUAUACUGUAGGGGAGAUCGGGUUAGUUGGAACGCGGGGUAAGUUGAAACAUUGUAAUUUUAUUUAACGCCUGUAAAAUAAAUGUAUGCAAUACUGCCCACAAUUUAUUGCUAUUAAUCAGGGAUGCCACUAGGUGUCCUCCAAAAAUACUGAAACAUAUCGCGGGCCGGGAUAGUGUCCAAGAAAUUUUUUUUUUAGGGGGGUCCACCUUUAAUUUUGGGAUGGACAUAUGUCACAGGUAAAAAAUUGGACAAGCAAAAAAAAAAAAAAAAAAAAAA